UAUGCAACAUCACGAUUAUGAUAAUGUUAAUAUGUAAAUGGAAUUAUACAUAUUUAUGUAACCUAUAAUAAUUUUUAUAUGAUUUUUUUAUUUGUUGAAGACUGUCGAGUGAAUUUAAAGUACAUUUUAUAUCUCUGAUACAUUUCAUUAUUAUGUUACAUAGUUCGUUAAAUCAAAGUGUCCGAAAAUUCUGCACUAAUUUAUCAAAAAUGAAUUGUAAACGAUUAGAAGGAAAAACAGCAAUUGUAACAGCAUCAACUGAAGGUAUUGGUUUUUCAAUAGCAAAACGUCUAGCUCAAGAAGGUGCCAAGGUAGUAAUUAGUAGUCGUAAAGAAUCAAAUGUAACAAAAAGUGUACAACAUCUUAAAUCUGAGGGUUUACACGUUUUUGGUACUACGUGUCAUGUUGGUAAAAAAGAAGAUAGAGAAAAUCUUUUUAAAAAAGUACAAGAAGAAUUUGGUUGUUUAGAUAUUCUUGUAUCAAAUGCAGCUACCAAUCCCAGUGUUUCAACACUUCUUGAUACCCCAGAGCAGAUAUGGGAUAAAAUUUUUGAUGUCAAUGUUAAAAGUACAUAUCUCUUGAUGCAAGAAUCUUUACCUCUAUUAAGAAAGAGUAAAUCUCCUUCAAUAAUCAUUAUAUCUUCCAUAGCUGCAUAUCAACCGAUUACUUUACUAGGAGCAUAUGCUGUUAGCAAAACUGCAUUGUUAGGACUUACUCAAGUAGCUGCUGAGUCUCUUUCACCUGAAAAAAUUCGUGUUAAUUGCAUAGCACCUGGAAUAAUAAAAACUAAAUUUUCACAAUCAAUUGUUGAAGGUGCUGCAGGAGAAGCAAGUUUAUCAAUGAUACCAAUGCAAAGAUUUGGUGAACCAAAUGAAAUAGCAGGUGUUGCUGCAUUUUUAGCAAGUGAUGAUGCUUCUUAUAUCACUGGUGAAACUAUUGUAGCUUCUGGUGGAAUGCGGUCCAGACUUUAAAUACCUCUUAUAAUAUAUUGGAAAUGGUGUAUUUAAAAAUCUUUUAAACAUUGUAUAACAUAUGUAAAAAAGUAUAAGAUAUUUAGCUAAGAUAAUAAAUAUAAGACAUGAUUUUUAAUUUUGUAUAUCCAGAUAUAUUAAAAAAUAAAAUAUAAUUGUUAUCUUCAA